AUGCCGGCCCAUCUUCGCUGGAAUGAGUUCCAUACACUCAAGGUUGAGGUCGGCGUGAACGAAGGCUGGCGAAACAUGAACGCCAAGGUGCUGCGAUACUGCGCCUUUCCAGGUCUGCGCUACGUGCUCUGCGUCUUUGUCUCGCCCGACAUGAGCGUCCGUGAGUACAAGCUCUUUGCAAUCACCAACAACGAGCUUGAAGGACCAGAUCCAUCCCUCGUCGAGCCGAUCCCGAUCACAGCCGAUACGCCCGUGUGA